UUACCACCUGUAUAUUUAUACUCGGCAUUUGCCCACAACUUCUCUGUCCCCUACUUUUUGUUCACACACACAAGCACACAGAGAGAUACUUGGCUCCUUCAUCUCAUCAAGUGACAGGAUAAACCAUGAAAAAGUUAAUUCGCCGCCUCUCUCGCGUCGCCGACUCAUCUCCUUACUUUCUCCUCCGGUCGGAAUCUCGUCCCUCCCCCACCACCCCUCGCCUAAGCCAAUCCUUCCGUAUGGCCAAGCCUCGACGCUCCGGCACCGUACCUGAGGGUCACCUCCCGGUGUACGUCGGAGAAGAGAUGGAACGAUUCGUGGUGAGCGCCGAGCUUCUAAACCACCCGAUUUUCAUCGAUUUUCUCAAUAAAUCUGCUCAAGAAUACGGCUACGAACAAAAAGGCGUCCUUCAUAUCCCUAUCCACGUCUUCGUCUUCGAACGUGUCCUCGAAGCUUUACAAACCGGCAAAUCAGCGUCUGACAACCUCGAAGACCUUUUCUCCGGUGAUUUCCUGUAAUAGCCUAUGUAUACUUGUUCGUUUUAGUUUUUUUCCUAAUCAGUUAUCAAGCAAAUAGUGAGGUUAGGUGAGAUCGUUUGAUGCUGAUUAGAAGAAAUUAUCAAAAUCAAAUGUUAUCGGUUUUAGUUUGGCUAUGUAUAUAACAACUACGUCAGUAAAAUCGGUGUUUUCGUCUGUA